AUGGGUUGUUGGAUUUCCAUCUCAGCUUUAUGCACAAUGUUUCUUUUAAACUAUUUUUCCCGUAGUAGUAGUAGAAGUUGUUUAGAAAAUCAGCAACAACACCACCAACACCACCAACAACAAUUAUUAAAAGAAGAAGAAACACAGCAAACUCUCCAACAACAACAAAUCCUACAAAUACUCCAAGAAAUUAAAGAACUAGAAAAAGAUAAACAUUCAUUUAUAAAUUGCUUUCAACUACUAAUCCUAAAGCAUCAACUACGAGAAUUGCAACAACUACAAGGAGGAGAAGAUUUAAUAAAUAUAGUUAAUAAUAAUACUAAUAAUUAUACCUUUGAACAAAUAAAUAAUAAUAUUAAUAAUAAUUGUAAUCAACAAGAAGAACAAGAAGAAGAAGAAGUAGAAGUAGAAUUAAAAGAUAAUAAUUUAAUUUUAGAAUUAAAUAACAACACCAACAACACUAAUCAAAACAACAUCAACAACAACAACAAUAAUAAUCAAAUUAAUUCAGAGAUAGAUACAAUUUGUAAAGAAAUGCUUUCCAAUUCACUUUCAACAUCAUCGGGUUCCAUCCAAAAGCAAUUAAAGACUCAGUGUUUGUCUUCGAUAUUCUCAUCGAUUUCCACCAAAAAGUCACUGUCACAGUCUCAGAGCGAGCAACAAACCAGUCAUAAUAUGGUCGAGGACAACUUGAUACUUGACCGCUACGUCGAUCUCUUUUCUAUACCUACCGAGAUUCUAGUACAUCUUCUUUCAUUUUUAGGAGCCAGAGACCUCUGGAACAUCAGUCUUACAUGUCGUCGCAUAUGGAGCACCGUCGAGAGUUUCAAAUUCUGGGGUAGUCUAUUCGAGCGUAGUUGUCCAAGAAUCUUCUAUGCCAUGCAAUUCAACUCACGUUGGUCAUCCAACCCACCUCAAGUUAAAAUGUUAUUAUGUUUAAUGGAAGAUUUAGAUUCAGAUUUUAUGAAGACAUUCGAUGCCAACGACGAAAAUGGACAAAUAAAGAAAAUAAUUGGUGUCAUGAUGAAGCACUCUCAGAAUUCAUUGGUUCAAAGAGAGACUUGCUAUAUUUUAAAGAGAUUGAGUUAUAGACAAAGAAAAGAAGAUGAACAUGAAGCACUCAUUGCUCGUUACGAUGGUAUUAAAUUAAUACUACAAGCAAUGAAGAAUCAUCCUUUGAAUGCAGGUGUUCAAGAAGAUGCAUGUGGUGCACUUGGUAACUUAACUUGUGAUUCUCCAAAUAGUUUUGGUGUUUAUUCAAAUAAUAAUUAUUUAGAAGUAGUAGAAUUGGAUGGUAUUAAAUUAAUUUUGGCAGCCAUGCGUAACCAUCUACAUAAUCCAGGUGUUCAGUAUAACACUAGUUUCGUUUUAAGAAAUCUCGCUAGAAAUGAUCUGAGUGAGAGUCGAGUUGCACAGGAGGGUGGUAUUCAUGCAAUCGCCACCGCAAUGAGAAACCAUCCGAAUCACAUCGGAAUACAAACUCAAGGUUGUGGUGCCCUCAGAAAUCUGGGAUGUAACGACAAGAACAAAGUACUCAGUGCCAAAGAAGGUGGAAUCAACCUCAUUCUAAACAGUAUGAAAUGUUUUGCUUCCCAUCCAGAUUUACAAUUGAAUGGUUGUGGUGCAUUGAGAAAUCUUGCAAGAAAUGAGAGAAAUAAAGAUUUAAUUACAAAAUUAGGCGGAAUUCAAUUGGUUCUACAGGCAAUGACCAAUCACUAUCAAGAUCCAGAUGUUCAAGACGAAGGUUGUGCCGCUUUGAUAAAUCUUGCCUACCAAGAUGAAGUGAACGAAGAAACCAUUGCCAGAGAAGGUGGAAUCAAAUUGAUUCUACAGGCAAUGAGAAAUCAUCCAUAUCACUCUGGUGUACAAAUGCAAGGUAGAGGUGCAUUAAAGAAUUUAUCUUGUAAUCCAAAGAAUAAAUUAACAAUUGCAAGAGCAGGAGGUAUUUCAUUAAUGGAGAUUGCUUGUAUCAAUCAUCCAACUUAUUCAAACCGAUUUUUAGAGUUAAUGAGAAUACUACAAAGUGCAUUGGAAGAAGCUGGUCAAUAA